AAAACCCUAAUUUUCUUCUGCAGAAUUCAUCAUCAUGAACGAGAUUCAUCAACCGAUGGCGAGGAGAGUUUGGAGAAGCAACGUCGAUGAAGAGAUGGCUCGUAUGGCGGAAUGUCUCAAGAGAUUCCCACUCAUCGCUUUCGAUACAGAGUACCCUGGCAUUAUUUUCCGUACUUAUUUCGAUUCCUCUAGCGACGAAUGUUACAGAGCCAUGAAAGGUAAUGUCGAAAACACCAAACUCAUCCAGUGUGGUUUCACUCUUUUCAACGCUAAGGGAGAGAUCGGUGGCGUUUGGGAGAUUAACUUCUCCAAUUUCGGCGACCCAUCUGACACACGCAACGAGAUUUCGAUCGAAUUUUUGAGGAGACAUGGUUUGGAUUUGCAGAAGAUUAGAGACGAAGGAGUUGACAUGUUCGGCUACGGGUUUUUCCCAAAGCUUAUGACUGUGUUUCGCUCUCAGAAACACGUUGAGUUCGUCACCUUUCAAGGAGCUUACGAUUUCGCUUACUUCUUGAGCAUCCUCAACAAUGGGAAGCUACCAGAGACUCACGGAGAGUUUGCAACAGAGGUUGUCAAAGUGUUCGGUCAAGUUUACGACACCAAGGUCAUGGCUGGAUUCUGUGAAGGCCUUGGUGAACACCUCGGGUUAAGCAAACUAGCCCAGCUGCUUCAGAUCACUCGUGUGGGAAGAGCACACCACGCUGGUUCAGACAGCUUAAUGACUGCACUUGUCUUCAUCAAGCUCAAACUGGUCUAUGAAGAUUCCAGAUUUGCUAGAGGAUUGAUCUAUGGAAUUGGGAAAAGAAACCUCGUUGCCGCCCCUGCGCCUGAGCCUGAGCCGCCUGUUCCUUUGAUGUGUCAGCAGAAUGUAGCUUCAUAUCCUGUGUUCCAUAAUGGAUAUGUCCAAAACUAUGAGCAGCCUCAGCUUGUCUCCUACCAUCCUUCAGCUGCCCCUUGGGCGUUCUGCAAUGCUACCGGUACGUAUGUGCAGCUUACUCAUCUACCUGCAAACACUUUUGCAUACCCGUCUCAGACGCCAUCUGCUGCAGUUGAUUAUCUUGGACCGGUUCCUAAUUAUUACAAUAAUAAUGCGUGCUAUGUAGUUGAGUAGAUUGAAAUUUCCCAGCUUUAGGAUGAUUAGAUGCCUCUGAGCUUUUUCUUUUUCCUUUUUCUUUUCUGGCUUUUGGUAGUAGUAAUGAAGACUUUAUUUUAUA